AAUACUUCGCGACGGCCACUUGGGCGGCGAAUAUCUGAGAGGUGGAAAAUGACAGAGUACCUCGCGACGGCCACUUGGGCGGCGAGUCUCUGGGAAGCCAGUAUGUUCAUGACGGCCACUUGGGCGGUGAACAAACUGAGUUUACUAUCCUCCAGAGAGCUUCACGGCGGCCACUUGGGCGGUGACUCUUUGGCUUUUCCGUUUAUACCCGUUCAUUUUACUCUAAGGAAAUAUUUAAAUUAUGCACUAGAUGGCUCGCAAAUCAAAGAAUAA